UCGAUAAAAAAAUCAUGUCGAUAUUGUAAAGGUACAGCACUUUCGAGUCAUUACACCGGCGUACGCCGCAUGCGACGCACGUGCACCGAGAAUUGCGUAACGUGACCUUAAAAAUGUUGUUCUAUGUAUUAGUGUGCGCGUUUGCAUUUGCACAUGCUCAAGAACAAAAUAGUCCGGCAGUAAAUACAACACAAGGAUGGAUCCAGGGCUCAGUGGUGGAUGGCAACUACCACGUCUUUUAUGGAAUACAUUACGCUGGUUUUGUAUCAGGAGGGAACAGGUUUAAGGCGCCGCCUCCUCCGCCCUCAUACCCUGGUGUUUUCCACGCAAUCAACAGCGGUGUGAUAUGCGCCCAUCCCACAUCCAGAGGCAUCGUCGGUGUCGAAGAUUGCCUGACCCUCAGCAUUUACACUGCUAACCUGACCGCCUCUCAGCCGGUACUGGUGUGGCUGCAAGGUGAAGAGUACACAACUACUGACACUACACUACGUUCUUUCAAGAACUUCGUCGACAGAAAUGUGGUGGUGGUCAACGUAAAUUAUCGCCUGUCGAUCUUUGGAUUCCUAUGCCUAGGUGUACCAGAAGCACCGGGCAAUGCCGGUCUUAAAGACGUGGUUCAAGCAUUGAAAUGGAUACAAGAAAACAUUGCUGGAUUCGGUGGAAAUCCCAAUAAUGUUGUCCUCUUUGGUCAUGGUUCGGGCGCAGCGAUGGUUGACCUCCUCACUUUGUCGCCUUCCGCAGAAAAUCUUAUGCACAAAGCCAUCACUCAAAGUGGGUCUGCAUUGUCCCCCGGAGCUAUCUCGUAUAAACCUAUUGAAUACGCUGAAGCUUUGGGCGCUAAACUUGGCUACACAGGAAAAUCAAGAGAAGAAUUAGCAAGACUGUUAACAACAACAGAUAUAACUUUGUUAGCCACAGCUCUCACAGAAUUUGAAUUCUUCAACAACACAGCUUUGUUCGCUCCUUGCAUUGAGAAUAAUGUCGAUAGUAACAAUACAAUUAUUUCCGACGCUCCAAUUAACAUUAUCCGUUCUGGUAAUUACAGUCAUAUACCUUAUAUGGCUGGAUACACAAACAAAGAAGGAACUAUAAGAGCUCAUGAAGCAGCUUACAGCCAAUGGUUAGAAAAGAUGCAGACAAAUUUCGAUGACUUUAUCCAAGUAGAUUUAGAUGUUGCGACAAAUGCAAACAAGACAGCCAUUGUUAAAUCAAUAAGGGAGUAUUAUUUUUCACAACGAGCAAUCAAUAUGGAAACUAUCGAAGAUUAUUUAGAUUACCAUGGAGAUACAAUGAUCCUUGUGUCAGCUAUUAGAGGAGCGAGGGAGAGAGCGCUCACGUCCAGAGCUGAAGUUUAUCUUUACGAAUUUGCUUAUAGAGGAACUUUAAAUUCUGACUGGGCUUUACCACAGAUACCACUGACUGGUGUGAGGCACGGAGGAGUCUUAAACUACCUGUUGAAUUACGAUUUAACCCCAGGUGAUGUACAUGUUAUGGAGGCGAUUAUGAAGCGUUACAAAUUAUUUCUUAAUAAUGGAACACCCGCUUCUUCGGAGAUACCACUUUGGGAACCUAUAACAAGUUCUCGCUUGCCAUAUUUAAUAUUCAGUGGAGGGGAAACCUCGAUAAAUGUGACAAGCAGUUAUGAGCAUCAAGGAUUUGAUCCUCAUCAGCAGAGAAUGACAUUCUGGAACAAUCAUUAUGAUAGAUUAUAUAAAGCGCCAUCUCCCGUCUCUUCGGCGACAAAAGUCAUGAGUUUAGUAUUCACAGUUGGCCUAUUUCAAUUGCUGUUAAGUGUACUUUAAACGGGUAUAGUACAUUGAAUUUUGAUACUUUAUUUUAUUGGUCAGUAAUUAUUGUGUUUAAGUUUAGUUAUUAAGUAUUGUUAUUAUUUAAGUAUUAUUAGGUUUAUAUAGAUUUUGAAAAUGCUGAUUUAGUAUUUGUUUAGUUGUUAAAUGUGAUUUUGUAUGUUGGAUUUAAAAUGAAAGCAGACCAUCCAAGUUGUUUAAAAAUUCAUAGACACUAUAAAUGAUUAUGUAUUUAAAAGACUAGAUAUCUAUUUAAUUAGCUAUAAUAAUUAAGACAUCAACUUAGUGUCCGUUCAGACAGACAGGAGCGCAGAGCAGGGCAAUUUUUUUGUUUUUGUCUCUGUUAUUUUCAAAGAGA